AUGUCUUUAACAGUUCAGUGUACUGCGCCAAACGGCCGCACUUGGACUCAACCCACAGGACUGUUCAUCAACAAUGAAUGGGUCAAGUCCUCAGAUGGCGGCAAGAUUACCAGCAUUAACCCAGCUACUGCUACAGAAAUCGCAUCCGUGUAUGCCGGUACAGCCCAGGACAUCGACACCGCUGUUAAGGCUGCGCGCGCUGCACUCAAUGAUCCCAGCUGGCGUGACCUGCCAGGUCUCGAGCGCGGCAAGUUGAUGAACCGCUUGGCCCAACUCAUCGAGGAGAACAAGGAAACCCUGGCUACUAUCGAGACUUGCGAUAACGGAAAGCCAUACCUUGUCUCCUUGAACGACGAUAUGACCGAGACCGCCGAGACAAUCCGCUACUACAGUGGAUAUGCCGACAAGGUGUUUGGGCAGGUGAUCGAUACCACCGUUGACAAGUUCGCGUACACUGUGCGCCAGCCAGUGGGUGUCUGCGGCCAGAUCAUCCCAUGGAACUUCCCCCUCUCUAUGGCAGCCUGGAAGCUUGGACCUGCGCUUGCCUGCGGCAACGCCGUCAUCCUCAAGCCCGCCGAGCAAACCCCCCUCUCCAUCCUAUUCCUCGCCAAUCUCAUCAAGGAAGCCGGAUUCCCGCCCGGAGUGGUCAACAUCGUCAACGGCCACGGUGCCGUCGCCGGAGCUACCCUCGCCUCACACCUGGACGUGGACAAGAUCGCCUUCACCGGCAGCACAGCGACCGCAAAGCAGAUCAUGAAGAUGGCCAGCGCCAACCUGAAGAAUAUCACCCUUGAGACUGGCGGAAAGAGCCCCUUGAUCGUGUUCAACGACUGCGAUCUCGAGCAAGCCGUCGAAUGGGCACACAUCGGUAUCAUGUACAACCAGGGCCAGAUCUGCACGGCCACCUCUCGCAUUCUGGUUCAAGAUGAGAUCUACGAUCGCUUCGUUGCGGCCUUCAAGGCGCAGAUCAAGAAUGUUUCCAAGGUCGGCGAUCCGUUCGACGAGAGCACUUUCCAGGGUCCGCAGGUUACCCAGGCGCAGUAUGAUCGCAUCCUGUCUUAUGUCGAUGUUGGGCACUCUGAGAAGGCUACGCUGGAGUGUGGCGGUAAGCCGUUCAAGGGCGCUGGUGCGGGCAAGGGCUUCUUUAUUGAGCCUACUGUCUUCACUAAUGUUACUCCUAAUAUGCGCAUUUAUCAGGAGGAAGUCUUUGGUCCGUUCGCGGUUAUUGCUCGCUUCAAGACUGAGGAGGAUGCGGUUCAGAUGGCUAAUGACUCUACUUAUGGUCUUGGAAGUGCUGUUUUCACUACUAACCUUACUCGUGCUCAUCGUGUUGCGAAGCGCAUUGAGGCGGGUAUGGUCUGGAUCAACUCUAGUCAGGAUAGCGAUUGGCGUAUCCCCUUCGGUGGUGUCAAGCAGAGUGGUAUUGGUCGGGAACUUGGUGAGGCUGGAUUGGAUGCCUAUUCCACUAUUAAGGCUAUUCAUGUGAACAUGAAGUCCAAGCUUUAA